AAACCAGCCCUCGUAUUCUUGCUGCUUGUUGUCACAGCAAACUGGACAUCUGCAAGUCCCGUCCGUUCCGCUCGCUCCCCUUCUAGGAAGGUAAAUCGUUUCCUCUCAAUCCAAUAAUCAGUAACAAAAGGCUCAGCAGUAAUUUAUCUUGCAUGCCAUGAAGAGCUUGCCUUUUUUUCCUUUUCUGUCUUUUACCGUCACUUUCUGAUUACUUCUCGAUCGCUCGUAUAAUUUCUGGAAAUAACUAAAACGUUUCAGAACUAAUUAUUGAAAUAACUGGAUUUAAAUUUAAGCUUCACUGCAUUUAUAAAUGCACCUUUCAUAAGAUACAAAUCUCUUUGGUUGCCACAAUGUUCAAUGUGUAAUUAAACUUGCCUUAGACCGUUGCGUUAUCGCGAUUCCUGUCGUCCUUGCUAACUACAUUCUACGUAAAUAUUUUUACGACUCAUCUCAACAAACCUGUCAAAAUUCAAAGGUCAGCGUACCUCCGCUCUAAUUUGAGCAUUUUCUAUUUCACAGGUUGUGGAUUAUAAAGUUCAAAUCAGCGAGACUGGGACAGAGUACAACGAGACAAUCGAAGUGGACACGGAGAAGCAAACUGAACUUUUUAAAGUUCCUGCCCAUAAUGACGUGGACGAAAGCAAUAUUUUGCACGACUUUAAGACGGUAAAUCUAAUUGCUUUUUCAAGCGGUGUAAAAACAUUAGGAUUUAUCCGAUCGUCAAUCAAACCUAAAAAAUGUGCUUAAUCAGUUCAAACCCAACUGACUCACCAUAAAGCACAAUCUUUAUCGUGUUUCAAGCAUAGCAAGUCUUGAUUAUAACUCUUUAAGCCAACUGGGACAACGCUGAAUAUGAUCAGCUACCCUUUACUAGACAAGAAAAAGGGGACAUAUGUUUUUGUGUAAAUGAAACACCAGUGUUUAAACAACAUUGGGAUUAUCGAAAAAUUCCUCUUUUAUCGUAAAACAGAAUAUGACUAUGAUGCUGUUGCCGGAAAAAAAGAUAUGCUAUCUUAUGCCACUGUCAGAAGAGGUGCCGACACCAGCAAAACUCGAGAGUGAUCUUGAUCAGACAGAGGUAAGGACACGAUCCUUUUUUCAGACAAACAGUUUAAGUCUUUAUUUGCUAAAUACUCACUACAAUCGUCAUUCGAGUGCUGCCACUUAAAUGUCACACAUCUCGGAUCAUUAUAAGAAGCUGGGAACAUUUUGGAAACGUAACAAGAUAUCCCAGUCAAUUGUUGAGAAACCAAUAAAAGAUUCAAGAGGAGAAAUAUGUGGGUACGGGUUUCAAUAGUUUUGUCCUGGCGGCUGGCUGACCAAAGAAUAAUGUGUACUGAUAUGUGAACACUUUGGGAUACGCAUAGCUCCUCUUUUACGGAAAGAUUGCUGAGAAAUUCUAAAACAUCUCGUUGCCGUUUUACAGGAAUUAGAAAUUGUCCUGGUUGCUACCUGACUAGUGCACUGAUUGGUGAAAAGUACAGGAGACGCAUAAUUUCUCUUUUGCAUUGGGAUGGCUGAAAAAUACUGACAUCUCGUUGCUUUUUUUCAGGAAUUAGACAAGGACAAGACCAAAAUUAUUGACAGCAAGUGGACAGUGGACAAUGAGAUGGCUGAUCGGUCUGAACUGAGCGAGGAGUUGGCAAACUUCUGUCCACAAUACCCGAUAUAUCAGGUGAAAAUGAUGGACGACUCAUUGACUGUUACAAGGGUAGAGACAGAAGGUGAGUCAAGGACAGAGAAGUUUGAAAUGCGUAUACUGAAAAAAACAGGAGGCUAAAUUACGUUCGCGCUUUCCUUUUGACUUUUAUCAAUUUGUGAAGUGAACCCAAACCAAACUGUUCCUUGAAAGAAUGAAAUAAUGAAAAAUAUAUAGAAAUCUGGCGAAUCUUGAAGGUGAUAAAAAUUUCUAAAAUAUCUGGAUGUCGUAGGUUCUUGCAGGAAAUUAAUGGAGGUAUUUCUUUGAAUGUUUUUCACUUACUUCGCAAACUUCACUGUGACUCAUUUAAUGCAGUUGUGUCUUUUCUUUUGACAACAGGAACGCAACAUCGCAGUCGUCGACAUGCGAGAUCAUUUCCGCCAAUUCACCCAUGUAAUCUGUGCGCAGGUGGAAAAGGCACCGUUACCUACUGGGAUAAGUGUUGGUGUUCUUUUAGAGGAGGAUACUGGAGAAUUCAAAAAAGGGUAGUUUCGCGUAUAUGCGUUACAAUCCGGGUGGGUUGUAGGUUACAGCACUACGUUUACUAUGUAUAUUGUUCCCAAUAUGUUUGUGAACGUCCAACAUAUAGGCCACGCCCAUAUUAUGGGCGAAACUUACCUAUGGCGUAG